GUCGCUGGCAAAGGUACCCCACAUCAACUCGAUGGACGCGCUUCCGAUGGCAGCGAUCGUGACCGCCGCAGAAAAGAUUCUUCGCGCGGAUAUCUUGUUGGUUGCAGUCGGCGCCGGCUUUUCAGCGGACUCUGGUCUUCCUGUUUACAAGUACACUUGUGCAUGAAGUUCAUCUUCUUAUACCGUUGCGAUCACUACCCAGAGACCUUGCCAAUGUCCAAGCAUACUACGAGAUGGGAGUCGACUACCAGGACCUGUGCGAUCCGUAUUGGGUGUACGAGGACUAUUCUGUAUUUCUCGGGUUCUGGGGCGAUUCGAUCAAUCUAUAUCGGAACACAACCCCCCAUCCAGGCUACGACAUCCUCAAGCGAUGGAAGGAGCGGUUCACAACGACGCUGGUCAAGGACAAACUCGCAGACAACUCCACCAACACAACAACUGCACCAUUCUUCAUCUUUACCUCAAACGUUGACUCGCAUUGCACUCGCGGCUUUGCCAAGAACGAAGUGUACGAUGUCCAUGGCAAUACCGACGACUGGCAAUGCGCGGGCCUGAAAGAGAGAUCUCCUCCAUGUUCCACCAACAUCUUGACACUCCCGCCCACCUAUCGCUUCGAUGUUGACCCAAAGACGAUGCUCGUGCACGACACGACCUCGCCCAUGUUCGAGUGCCCUCAAUGCAAAGGUCCAUUACGCCCAAACGUUCUCAUGUUUCGCGACAAGCAUUGGAUUCAAAAUCAAGCCGUGGCUGACCGGUAUCACGCGUGGGAAAAUGCAGUGCUCGAAGUGCUGGAAGAGAACCCGACCAAGCGUCUGGUUGUCCUCGAGAUUGGGUGCGGCACGCGGGUACACACUGUGCGUCACCACUGCGAAGAGCUUGUCCAAGCUGUACUGGAGGCCGGUCAUGGCCAAGCUACGCUCAUUCGCGUCAACCCAGAAGUAGACGACCCCGACGAGUCCGAAGUGGCGUAUCCUGUCCUGAUCAACAUCCACGCGACUGGACUCGCGACGCUGCAAGCUAUAGAUCGGUGCAUUCAAAGCGGUCUUGUGUCUCAAAGCUAGGCACCCUGUGUCGGUGGCUGCAUGUGUUUGCGUGGAAAAUGUGAGAAUUGAAUACCGUUUACGAUCAAA